UACAAAGACAAAAAACUGGAGAGAAAAUAGCAUAGUAUGUCCCUAUCUCAGGUGAGAUCCGGUGUACGGAAAGGGGGAGGAGCCAAACACAUUCAUGUGUCUGUGAGCGCACGUCAUGACAGGUCGGAGAGGAAAAGAAAGGGUGACUUUUUUUUUUUUUUUUUUUCAUAGUUGAAUUGUAAGAGGAACAUGCCAUGAGAAUACGAAUCCCGAGGGAACAAAAAAAAAAGAAUGACUUGGAGUGAAGCUUGACCAAGUCUGGGCUUGCUGUUCCAAUCCAGGCAGAUUUAUUACACAGAUGGCACAGCAAGAGGACCCGCUGUAUGAUUUCCCAGAGCCCAUCCAGCCGCUGAAGAGCAAUCUGCAGAAGCUUCAAAGAGGACGGGGCUCCCUGAGAAGCAUCAGCGUCCUGGACCGCCUCCUGCUGACAGUUCCCGUGUGGCUUCAGCUGUCAAUCAACCCUGCCACUGCACUGCACAUUCUGCAGAGGGAACCUCCCGGGUCGUUCCUGGUGAGAAAGUCCCGUACUUCCCAGAGAAGUGUGCUUUGUGUUCGUUUGGCGGAUGAGAGCGUGCCAUCAUUUGUGCAGGAGUUUGGCAUCAGAAAGGAACAAUCCACUCUGUCUUUGGAAACUUCCGCCAUCAGCUUUCCAGAUCUUCCAAGGCUGAUUUCCUUUUACUGUGUCAGCAGAGAUGUCUUGCCUUUUCCUCUGGAGCUCCCAGAAGCCAUUGCAAAGGCAACAUCGCACAAAGAACUGGAGUCCAUCUCACAUAUGGGAAUAGAAUUCUGGAGCUCCCAGCUAAAUGUCCGUGGACCACGAGAUGCACUGAAGCUCAAGGUGGAUCAGAAGCCAGACGAAACACCAGCUUCAGCUGUGGCGCCUCCACCGAGCACCCCAACUCCACCGGAUUCAGCGCCCCAUCUUGAGUCAGACAACCUCCUUCAAAAAGAUCCAAAUGCGACUCUGUUCCAAGAGUUUUGCCCAAUCAUGACCCGCAGCCCCAAAGAGCUGGACUGCGGUUCUGGCCUGGGAGCUCUUUGUUUCAUCAACCCGCUUUUCCCCCAGUCUGGGAACAAUCUGACCAAACGGCGCAUGUUCAAACAAAGCCUUAAGGUCCGGGUUUCCACAGAGACGUGUACUCUGCUCUCACCGCCGCUUGCUCCACCGCCACCUCCGCCACUAAUGCCAAAAACCAAAGGGAAGGGCAAGGCCAAAAAGCAGGCGAAAGAAAUCACCAAGUUAAGGGAAGAUUGCGUCCAAGUAACUCAACCUGGUCAAACAGGCGAUGACCACCAGCCCCUGCCACACAUACAAGACAGUCACUGUGAGGACAAAGCGAACCUCUCAUCAGAAACUCCUCAUCUAGGAGUGCAGGAGACAGGAGACGAAAAAAGGAAAGCUGGAAUUGAGAAAAUGAAAGAGGAACUGGCUCAACUGCCAGCAGCAAUGGACAAUCUUCAAACAGACUACAUGAAACCAUCGCCUCUAAUCAGUUUUUCCCACAUUCCCUCUCUGUACAAGUCACCAUCCACCUGUCCCAUGACACCCCCACUUUUCCCCAAAGCGUCAUCGCUUUCUCCCAUCUCUCCCAGUCCCGUCUCCCUCUCUCCUAAUCUUUCUCCAUCUUUAUCUCCCAAGUUUCACGUCUUACCAUCUCUUUCCCCCAAGGCCUCCUCAGCUUUCUCUUGUGUCCGUCCAUUCCAACCUUUACAAACGGCCUCCGACAGUGCUUAUGCUGUUCCUACAGUCACAGACCAGCAGAGGUCGGGAAAGCAGUUGGAAAAAGGGGAUAGAAACACAGAAAAAGAAGAUGUGCACACAAAAGGGGAAGAAAAAGACUAUUUGGAUUUAGAGAAAGAGAGUUGCACUUCCAGUGACCUAGAAGACAAAAGUGGACCUCCUUUAGAACCCAAACAGACCAACAGUACAAGCCUCCAACAAACAAGCACCUCAGAAAGUAAAUAAUUUGUUUUUAAUGUUCUUUAUAAAAAAACAAAUUGCUUUAAAUUGUUUUUUCUUAAAUGAAGUGAUUUUAUGUAAAUAAAAUCAAAACCAACCUUUUUAUUGAAAUUGGUUCUAAAAUC